GCAGUGUGUAUUCCUGCAUCAUGUCCAGUGAUCCACCGGGUUGCUGAAAGGAAGAGGAAGAAGAAGAAGAAGAGGAAGAAGGAAACACACACACACACACACACACACACAAAAACACUUUCUAACUCACUCCGCACCGCGUGGUGGCGCUGUCUGAUGUAGUUAGAGUAAGGAUAGCCCGGAAGCGCCUUCUUCAUUCAUUUACAUUAACACGGACAUUGGCAGAAUCCCAAACGGCUCCGUGGUGGACAAAUAGUGCAUUACACAGCGCGUAGAAGGCCAUUAUUUCAUACCCUAUGUAGUGCGUUCGUGUAGGAAGAAUGAAGUCAGUUGGGAUUCAGCCUCUGUGAAGUGGCCAACUGUGCUAAGGGGCCGGGACGCGGACUAGCGGGGCCGCAAACACGUAGUUUGAACUUUUGGCUUUUUAAUACAUAUGUAUGCUGAAGUUUUCAUGCAAGUGCUACUUGAAAAAGGACAACACGAUGUUAAGAAGAAUAUACGCCCGAGCUGCAGUUUAAUACAGGUCUGCAACACGCGAAACGCCUAGCAGCUGCUGCUUUGGAGACUCCGCCCACCUGGCCCCGUCCUCUAAAGAUGGCUGAAGGCCAGAAGGCCACUGAACUCCCAGAAUGCCCCACAGAAUGCGGGGCCACAGCAGAUAAUCAGGACUUGUCCCUGAAACCUGAAGCCCUGUCCUCCAGCUCUCCUAUAUGUGAGGAGCCAAUCAGCAUGCAGAGCCCCUCCAGGCCACUGCCCCCUGGCUUACUGUCCAUGCCCUGCCUGCUGAAGGAGCUGCGCCGAGACUCCUCCCCUGAGGCUCUGCCACCAGAAAAAGGUCCUGCCACCUCUGUCAUUCAGAUCUGCCCACAAGAGGACAGUGACUCCUCAGCCUAUCUGCGAUCGCCCUCGUCUUCUGGUCAUCUUGGUGAUUCGGACACUCUUUCCUCAGCCGAAGAAGAGGAUGUGGAACUGGCUGACGCUAAGCCUGCCCCCUCUUCUCACUCUGACCCUGCCCCCAGGAAGUCAUCACGCCGCUCACGGUCCGAGAGCGACGCAUCUGCUGGCGUUGCCAUGGCUGCCAAGAAAAAUCGUUGUCAGGAGAAGCAGGCGAAUGGUGGGCGGACCCGAGAGCGGGGCAAGCGCAGCCAGAGACAUAAAGAGCGAAUGCGUCUGCUAAGGCAGAAACGGGAGGCGGUUGCCAAGCGUAAGUCCCGCCCACUAGAGGACAGCAGCACUAGUGACAGCGAUGCCACUGCACACUCUUCGUCAUCAUCGUCCACAGCGUCGUCUGACAACGAGGGAGGGACAGUCAGUUUGCAUCCUCCAGCUGGCCGCCGUGGAAACAGCAUGGGCGGAGUCCUGGAGGAAGCGCUGACACGAGUGGCCGCUGCCCAGAGGCGUACAGAGGAAAGGUUCCGUGCGUGGAUGGAACGAAUUAGCCGUCUCCAUUCCGGUGACGACGAUGAUCAGUCAUACAGUGGGAAUCCGGAAGGGCGGAGUCACAUCGGCUCAGAAGAAACGCCAGCGGCCUACCGGAUCAUCCGGCUGAACAAUGAUGCUUCUCCCCCCACGCUGAACUCUGCUCACAGCUGUGUCCUGGAUCCGAAUCUACUAAAUGUGUAACGGGAGGAUGUGCUAAGCUACUGAGAAAAUUCAAAAAAAUAUUUGCGCAAAAUAGAAACAUUCUAGCUAACGAUGCUGGAUACAGUACACAGCCCUCUCUUAUUUUGUCUCCUUAUGCAUUUUUCCUUUUUUCACCCAUUAAUCACUUCCUCUUUUGAUCUUCUUUUGUCUUCUUCAUUCUUCUCUCUCUCUCCCUCUCCCUCUCUCUCUCCAUUUACAUUUGUUUAUUGGCAAAUAAGUUUAGUCCAAAGAAUUCCGUAAUAAGACAAAAUACAAUCUAUUAAUAUUGCUGUUGUAGGACCUGGUGAUGUUUCCAUCAGUUUACCAGAAAUACAUGCAAAACAGUCAGAACUAAACCCAAGUGCUACAAACACGAGUCGUAAAGUAGUCAGUCACUGCCCAGCUGAUACAACCUUUAUACAUAAUAAUACACAUUAAUAAUAUAGUGAUAUUAUUAAUUAAUAAUGAUAUAACUACAAGGAUCUCAGGUUUACCACCAAAGUAGCUGUGACUGCUUGGCAAAAGAGAACACACCUGGAUAAAUGUAUCUUAUUUUUGUUUAUAUGAUUUUCUGAGGUAAAACCAAAAACCAGUGUCUUCAGUAUUAUAAGGUUCAAUCUGGCAUUUUGGUCAAAAAUAAUUUAACCAUAUUCUGGUAGAUACUUUAUUCUCCUCUGACGUUUUUGUGUAAUAUAUGAAAAAAAUAUAUAUAAACUUGGUUUUAUAAGGUUCUAGCUGCCAGCCAAUCAUCAUUCAUGAUGAAAAUAGGUUGAACACAACAUAGGUGGUCUUGGCCAAUCAGUAUCCAUGUUCCUUUUUCACAACGAUCGGGGGAGGGAAAAAGUGACUUGAAGCCUUAGUACGGCGACACGGAGGAGAAUUGUUUUCUUUGGCUUGAACUUGCUAGGGGGAAGAUUUCACAAAAAACAAACAAAUCUCAAAAUUCAAAAUUUCAAAAAUACAGAUUUUAAAUUAGGCUAAAGGUAAACAAGUAGAACAUAAAAACUUUAGGUGCACUUAGCUCAUUGCAGUUCAUAUCUUCCAUUUUGAUGCCAGUCCACUCCAUGCCACUUCACUUCGUUUCAUGCACAUGAGCUUGGCAGACGACUGCGGUUGACUAAACGUUAGACCACACUGAAAACCUCUGCUUUUCUCUGGCAUAAUUUACAUAAACUUCACAUGACUUUUUUUUUUUUUUUGGUUUUUUAAUUUAGGGUUUUGAUUAUUUUUUUUUUUCAAUUCUUAAAAGCGUAACCCACAAUUUUGAAUUGUGUGUUUUUAAAGGCAAAUCUUACCCCCAGCAAGGUAAGAAUAAUAUGCCCAAAUCUCCCUCUUUGAGCCUAAAUCUUCCUCUUUGAGCCCAUCUUUUCCACAAAUUGACGGCAUAAAAGCUGGUUUUCUUUGUCCUUGCAAUUACCACUGUGCACAUCUAGCCCAUCCGAGUCAAAUUAGCAUGUGCACUUUGAUAUGCCUGUAGGCAGACUACAACAUCAGAUUAGUGUUGGCUUAUUUAAAUGCAGCAUUGAAGGUCCUGAAUGUUACAGAAUCGAACUUGGAUACCUUGUGCAACUCUGCACAGAAGGAGAUAGAUGCUGUUUCUUCAUCAAUAUCCAGAUGCUCUCAGGAGAUAUGAGUCUUUAAGAAAAGAGUCUUAAAGAUUGUGGGGGAACAUUUAGAGUUGUGUUCUUAUACACACUAUCUUCCCUUAGUAUGUGUGUGUCUUGAGGAACUUCUCUGGCUGGUUUUUCAUACCAGAACAGACAGAUCACACUCCACAAUCACACAGCUGUACACACACACGCAACUGGUUAUGUUGGAAUGGACUCAUUUUACGUGUCACUGUGUCACUUGGGGAAGAAAUUGAAGAACUGACUCAUUAGUUAUGAUGUGGUUUGACUUUUUGUUUGUUUGUUUGUUUGUUUUUGUUACAUCACAUGCAUGUAAUGAACAGAAAAUAAUAAGAAGCAAUAAUGCAUGAACAGCUGCACUGUGAUGUUAUACUACUAAUCUAACUUAGCUAGAGUUACUCCUUACACAUGCUAUGAAGUUUAAGCUAACCUCAUGCUCAAGUGCUGUGUGUCCGUGGCUCAUACUGAAGCUUGCAGUUACUGCAGUCAGAUACACUGUAUAACAUACACAGGCACACAGCUAUAACUGUUUAGCAGUUUAACGCAAGUCACAAUGUCAGUUUUUGUGGGUUUUUUUUUUUUUUUAAUUUUUUUUUUAAAUUACACACCAAAAACAAAUCCAUGUUUAUACUCACAGAAAGGCCUUAAAGAGAAAUGAAAUUAUUUUACACACACAUCCACACUUCAUGGAAGGGCUUAAAGGUUUACGAUUUACAAAUUUGUGCUAAGUAAGGACACACUUAUUCAAUUAGUCUGUUGAAAUGUAAUGAACUAGUGAACUGCAGCAUGAACGAUCUGAUGGAACUAAUGAAACAUUUUCUUAUUUCUUGAUUUUCAUUUUCCUAGUAUUAUAAUCCAUUGGUAAUGUCCCUGGUUCAAAAUAAAAAAAAAAAAAGAAUGCUUUUUUUAUGUUUUGUAUUUAAUGAAAAAACAAAGCUGUUUUCAACCUUUUUGUAUUUAAUGAAAAAAACAAGGCUGUUUUGUUUGCCCUUUAUAGGAACAGCUGUACACCUGCUCAUUAUACCACUGGCCAAUCAUGUGGUAACACAAUGCAUAAAACCAUGCAGGUACAGGUCAGGAAUGUCAGAUAAUGUUCACAUCAAACAAUCAGAAAGAAAAAAAAAACAAAAAAAAACACAUAUCUUGGUGACUUUGACCGUAGCAUGGUUGUUUGUGCCAGAUGGACUGGUUUGAGUAUCUCAGACACUCCCGAUCUCCUGGGAUUGUCACACACAGUAGUCACUAGAGUUCACACAGAAUUGUGAGAAAAGCAAAAAACAUCUCGUGAGAUGAGCGCUGAUGAGAGAGGUCGGAGGAGAAUGAUGAGAAUGGUUUGAGCUGACAGGAAGGUUACAGUAGCUCAAUCACUCUUUACAACCGUGCAGAGCGGAAAAGCAUCUUAGAACACAUAACACGUUGAACUUCGUGGCAGAUGCGCUACAACAGGAGAAGACCACGUCAGGUUCUACUCCUGUCUCUCAAGAACAGUAAAAUGAGGCUACAGUGGGCACAGACUCACUCAAACAAGACAGUUGAAGAAGAGAAAAAGAACUGGUGAUGUUUUUUUCCCCCUGUUCCGAUGUUUGAUAUGAACAUUAUCUUGACCUGUAUCUGCAUGAUGUUAUGCACUGCUCUGCUGCCAUAUGAUUGGCUGAUUGGAUAAUUGCAUGAAGGUACAGGGGUCAGUGAGUGUAUAUUUGACUUGAUAGUGGUCAGUUUGAGGAGUUACUUACAGUAUAUAAUUUACAGGUUAGGAUCAAUUCCUGGUUUUGAAUUGUUCUAUUGAAAUCUAAAGUGGAGGAAUAUGAGAAUUGAAAGGGAAAACAAAUCUUGCAUAGAUUAUGCAGGGAAAAUAACAGGCUUAAUUUUACCCUUCAUUGGACAGUUUCAAUAUAAAUGCUGAUAAUUCACUUUUUGAACUGCAUCCAGUAAAUAAGCAUUUUAUUGGUGUGUAGCUGGUCUUCAUGUUCAUUUACCUAUAACCUAGUAAUUGAGGUAGCUUAGACAUUCUUUUUCAGCCGUCUUUGUCCAGUAUGUGUGCCCUAUUUUUUGUGUAGUGUUAAAACAAUGUUCCUGAACACUGUUCUCUCUGUCUUAUAAAAUUACUUUCAUAUAAUUGAUCAAAAAGACCAAAGAAAAAUACCCACAUUGUUUGAUACUUUGUGACUGAAUGGUAAGUUUGACCGAAUAACAAGUCAUAGUAGCAUUGAUUCCCCCCUCUCUAGGGAAAGAAUACACAAACCCUUAGACAGAAAUUUAUUUAAAAUUAAACAGGAUACUGUCUAGCUACAAAGAAACAUAGGAAGUCAUGAUUUUGUACUUGGCGAUUGUGGUAGUAAGUAAAAUUAAAACCAUUGUGUUCAUGUGUGUGUU